AUGGGAGAAUCAAUAUCGUCGUCGUUAGCAACGACGCGCACGUCAACUUCCUUGGCACAGAUUUUCUGCCUACUGACGGUAUCUUCAUUCACCUCUUUCGAGCUUUCGGUGGCCUUUCAACCAACGCUACCUUCAUCUUCUUUCUCUUUAUUGAGAAAAGACGCGCAUGUCGCAACAACCAUAGUAUUUGAGACCCCUCGCAUUCGCAAAGUAUUAAGUCGAAGGCCCUGGAGUGCUUUAUCUGACAGGAAUCAGGAGGAGGAAGACGAGGAAGACGAUGAUGAGGAUGAGAUUGAUCCUGAUUCUCUCGGAGACUGGAGAGCCUUUCGCCGGAAUCUUUCCUUUUCUUCCGAUGGCGAUUCCACGGGUUCGGAUUCCAGCGAAGCUGCCGUAUCCAAAAAGAAUAAAGCCAGGGCGGUUAGUAAGGAAAAUGAGGAGCUCCUAAAAUCUCAGAGUAGCCAGCUGGGACAGGAAUACGUGUCUGGUGUUUGGGCCCACGAGACAUCUACGCCGGAAGUAGGCGGCUUGGUGCUACGAAUGCCACUAGAAGUUGAACUCUUUCGUAACUACAAACAUUCCGUCAUGGGGACUUUAUUACGGAAGAAAUUAGACAAUGAAGUAGUCGAGCCCUCCACCUGGUACGCGAAAGCUCAGACGCUCGUCGAAGAGCAUAUGCUCACCAUUGCUGCAAAAGCCGGGGACGAUGGACAGAUCGAUCCAACCUCACUGGACGACGACGCCUCCGAAAUGCUCACGCUUUAUUUGGACAAUCAAGAAACAUGGCAAGAGGUGUGUUUGGUGAUGGAACGCAACGAAAGCAACGGAGCCGCGACAACUCUAGUAUUGAAUCGUCCCAUGGCAUUGAAACUUACUGACAGUCUCGGACAAUUGGUACUUAACGGUGCAUACAGAGGCGAAAAGACGAAACCAAAAAAGGAUGUUACACGAUUCAUGCGCGCAUUCGGUGGAGAAUGUGCCGUUUACAUUGGUGGACCGGAUGAUCAGGACCAACCGGCCGUACUAGUACACGGACUUGCCGACUUGGCCGGUGCGAAUGAAAUUUCGCCCGGAAGCGGUAUUUAUCAAGGUGGGAUCGAAGCGGCGGUGGAAGGAGUAAUCUCAGGCAAGUAUCAACCACUGGAUUUCCGGUUUUUCGUAGGACGACACGUUUACGUGGAAUCCACCUUGGAUCUAUCGGUCGUUUUGGGAAAGUACCAGCCGGUUGCCUGUGCGCGGUCCGUAGCUCUGAAACAGUGUUUGAGUUUGCCCAAACCGCUAUGGCACGAGGUUUUGGAAUUGUGCGCAGGAGAACUGGCGGAUAUAUCUGAGUUGGAAAUGCUCAAACGCGACGAUCUAAAAUUUGAAAUUAUCGACGAAGAUGAUGAAGACGAGGACGAUGAUGAUGACUCACCAGAUGAGCUCGAUGAGUUAGAUAGAUUCGAUGAUGAAGACGAUGAAUACUAUUCCAGUACAUAG